AUGAAAGUAGAAUUAGAUAUUAUUGUAUCAUUUAGACAUAUUUCAAUUUAUUCUCAUUCACCAUUUACAACCAAUUUCAAAGAAACUAGUAAAGAUAUUUUAAAUAUUUUGAAAAAAAAUGGUUGUUUAUCAUUUCUUAGAGGUUCAAUUUUUUAUGAUUUCUCCACUAUGCUUGAAACAGCAAUUAGAUCAUAUAUAUUGAAAUAUUCAUUCGAAUUUGGUAUUUUUCGAAAUGGGGAUAGUAAAUCAUUACGAUUAUCAAAUGAAAUUUUGAAAUUGUAUUUACAGUAUCCUAAAAAGAUGUUAUUCGAUUGUUUAGUUUAUUCAAAAUCAACUAUAAACAUAACAGGUAUUGUAAAAUUGUUUUUAUAUUAUUCAACAUCAACAUCACCAUCACCAUCAUCGUCAUUAUCAAUAUUAUCAGUAUUAUCACCAUCGUCAUUAAGUAAAUUAUAUGAUAGUAUUUAUCAUGGCUCAUUUUAUUCAAUAAUGUUGAUGUUGUCAUCUAAAUUUAUUGAAGAUUAUGUUUGCAAUAAAUUAGACUACUAUUUAAAUAAAUAUUUUAAUAAAUAUAAUCAUGAUAAUAAAACAACCAGAAUCAUUAUUAGAUCAUUGGUUAAAUCAAUAAUCGUUUCACCAUUUUAUGUUAUUGAUUCAAUUUAUCCAAGUUUAGUAAUCUCAUCUUUAGUAUUGGAUCAAUCAAUCCCUAGAUUGGUUGACCCAAUUUCAAUAGCAAUUACAAUUUAUAAAAAUCAUGGUUUUAAUUACUUUUAUAAAGUAAUAAAAAUUAUGUCGUCACUAAAACUUCAAGUUAAUAGACCACUAACUCCUACACCGACUCCAACACCAAAUUCAACUCAAACUACUGUAACACCAUUAAAAAGAAGUUGUUAUUUAGGUCGUGCUGGUCCUUACCAUGAUGAGUUACCACCUGGAAGAACUAGAGCUGAGGUUGAAGAAGCCAAAAAAUUAGGAAUUUGCUUAGAAGAUAUUACAAUUUAUAAAAUUACAAUUAAAAGAGGAAUUAUAAAUAAAGCAACUGAUUUAAAUGGUUUAUCUGAUGGAUAUUGUAAAAUAUUUAAAUCAUAUAGAGAUGAAUUUGGUGAUCAAAUUAGAAUUAAAUUAUUUAAAACUCAGGUUUGUAAAAAAACAUUAAAACCAGAAUGGAAUUAUGAAGGAAUUUAUUCAAUUUUUGAAAGUUGUCAAAAUUUACGUUUAGAACUAUGGGAUAAAUCUUUACUAAAGAAUGAUUACAUUGGUUGUAAAUCAAUCUAUCAUAAAGAUAUUGAGUUUGGUGAACCAUUAGAAGUUGAUUUACAACUUUCAUAUAAAAAGAAAAUUGAAAAAAUUGUUGGCUCUGUCGUUAUUUCCGUUGAAAAAUUAGAAGUAAACGAAGAAAAUAAACAAAAAUGUUUAAAUGGAACUAAUCUUUAUGAUAGACUUCAUGUUAAACCAAGAAAAAUUAGAGUUCCUUCAAAUUUCCAAAAUUAA